UCCUGCAUAUGGGUUUUAUCUCUUAAUUAAUAGCUUUUGUUUUCUUUUGGUUCAGACAUUCGAUAUUGCAUCUCCGUUCAAGUGUAGAUAUGUACUUAUUGUCAAUACCAAGGCUUUAACUUCUGACUAGUCUUAACUUACCAGCAAUAGUUAGGCCAAUCAGUUUUACUAUUAUUUAUUUAGGAUUUAACCAAAAAGAAGAAAGAAAGUAUAUACUUGGCUACGUUGCUCACAUAAAAAGAAAAACCUUAAAUAUAUGUUAAGACACACACAUGAAGGUGAUUUUCUCGUAAGAUCACUAUGUGGAACUUGAAGCCUGAAACUGAGCCAUAUGGUUCUCACUUUCCUGGUACUAUUCAAGGCGAAAGGAAUAUAUGACUGCCUAAUUGAUUGAUGGAAUGAUAAAAUGAGCUGGCCUGCAUCCAUUUUAGCUAAGGAUGAGAGAAGAACAAAGUACAUAAACAAUGAAAAAUAUCAAAUACUUUCUUUCUCCAUUAUGGCAGGGAAAGAUUGUGAUGUUUUUCUUUAUUAUUCUUGACAGUAACAGGUAUAAUUUUAUUUGGGGUUUGAUGGGGAUAUGUGUAGACAUGGUUACAGAACAGAAAACCAAGAGGGCCCAUACUACAGUAGGUGACAAAAAGCCAACCCGAAUGCUGUGAAGUCUCCUUAAAAGCCAGAAUAAAUAUAGGAUUUCCAUGUACUUGUUUUGGAACUCCUCAAUUUGUGCUUUGUGCAUGCUUCCUCCCUCUCUUGUCUGUAUUUUCCUUUGGCUAGCUAGUAUAAGUACCCGUAUCCCAUGCUAAAGAAAGUCUACCAUGCAAAAGUCUUUUAUGAAUGAAAAUGGAGCUUUUAGUAAUCUUCACAUCUCUAUGUAUUUGUCUCUCGAUGUUAGUAACACCUUGUGCGGGUUUUCAAACUGAGGAACAGCCAUCUCAUAAGGGACAAGGUAUUGGUGCUGAUGAAAUGCAUUCUCUUCCUACCCUUCCAAGAAAGCUCAGAGUACUCCUUGAUAAGGCAGCACUGCCUGCAGCUGUUAAAGGUCAUGGAGGUCAAGUUUCCACUUCAAACAAUAAACAGAAGAGAGAUUUAUCAGGAAAAGCACAUCACGGAGAGGAAAGCAUGAUAAAUGCAAGCAGAGGGACAAGGCAAGAAUGGGCGGAGGGGACCGACACAUCGCAGUUUUUGACAAUGGAUUAUUCCCACGUUAGAAGAAGACGUCCUAUACAUAACAAGUCCUUGCCGGUUGGUCCAUGAAACAUGGAGAAAGAGAUAAUCCGAAAUAUAGUUUCUCAGUACAGUACUAAUUACAAGUUAAAUUAGAAGAGCAACCCCCUUUUCUUUUCUUCUUUUUCUUUUGUUUUUCUUUGUUCUGAACUCGAACAAACCCCAUCUUAGGAUAACAAUUUUGCUUUAAAAGUAAUGUUUCUUGUAUGUAUCUAGGAGACUCUGGAGUAGGUUUUGUUUAUUAUAUGUCUGUAAUGGCCGACAUUAUGGAGCAUAACCCUAAGAUUUUUGUAACAAAUUACUAGUAUCCUAUGUGAAAUCUGAGAUUGUUUUUCUUUUUUUGUAA